AUGAAGCUGAGGAAGAAGGGACUGGAGGAUGAGAAUGCCACCUACCUGCCAUCUCUCGAAGGGGACCUAGCUAGGGAGGAGUUGAAGGCUCGGCUUGGUGGCUUACAUGUGAAGGAGCUGCAGCAGGAAGCUUCAGCCAUGGUGGUUGGGAUGGAGAAGGUGGAAUUGGAGACCUUGCACAAGCGCAUGGGGCAUGCAAGCAUGGAUAGGGUCAAGGAGUUAGUCAAAAAGGGCAUGGGAGUAGAGAAAGAGAUUGCAGCAGCACGGGCAGCAACUGCACCGGACAAGGUGGAGGAUCUUUUGGAGGAGAAGGAGAGUGAGGGAGUUGGGUAUGAAGGAGAUGAGGAACUCGAAGAUGUGGAAUGGGCAGAUUCAGUUGAUUGGGUGUGGGAGAAAGCACCAACCAGGGAAGCGGGUGAAAACAAGGGAGUGGAGAUAGCAGGGGAGCAGCCAAGCAAUGAAGUAGCUGAGGGUGGCAAUGAUGAAGCGGCUGGAGAAGAGGGAGAUGAAGACUCAGCAGCUGAAGGAGACAGUGAUCCUUGGAAGCUCCUAGAUAGUGAAGACAGCAAUGGCAAGAUGAGAGAGAUAGAGGACCUGCUUAAGGAAGGUGCCAUCAUCAUUGGAAGGGAAGUGAAAUCUGGAGAAGAGAAUGAAAAGGCAUUGGAGGGUUUCAAUGGAGAUGAGGCUGAAUCGCCUGCAGAGGAGUUGGGGAAAGGAAAGAGGGACCCCUUCGCUACAGCGACGGCUCUUACAGUCACAGUCUCCUCCUCCAUCGCCUCCAUCUCUGCUGCUGACUGGGACGCCUGUGUGCUGGACGCGGCGGGCGGCGCGGAGAAGCACAAUCCGUUUGUGUCACACGCGUUCCUGCAGUGCCUGGAGGAGAGCAGAAGCGCGUGUCGCGAUGAGGGGUGGUUACCACAGCACCUCGUCACCAGGGACGACGAGGAGAGGGUGGCUGGGGUGUUGCCCCUGUACUUAAAAGGGAAAGAGGCCUGGUUACCCCAACAGCAGCAGGAGCAGCAGCUAGUGAUGGUGCGGGGCGGCGCGGAGAAGCACAACUCGUUUGUGUCACACGCGUUUCUGCAGUGCCUCGAGGAGAGCAGAAGCGCGUGUCGCGAGGAGGGGUAG